UGUCGAUCAGAAACAGCGAGUACUCAAAAUCUGAAUCCCACACCAGCCGAAUGAACAAUUUACCUGUCUCUCAGUUUUCUGAGAAAGAGCGAGAAAGUGCGAGAAACAGAGAGAAAGUGUCCAAUCAUUCCAUUUGUCUCUCUCUCACUGAUAAACCUCGUCACGCAAAAUCACAGCUGCAAACAGAGCCUAAAAAACUUCCAAUUUUUGGCUCUGUUUUUGUCGUAUUGUCUCUGUCCCUUUCUCUCUCUAACGAUGAUUGAUUAUCUCCGAGCGUGAAAUCAGAAAUGAAAGAGGAAUGAGACGGAGGAGAGUGGAAGUGGAGCAGACGAAGAAGAAGAAGAAAAGAAUGCGAACGCUAUGCGACGUCUGCGAGAGAGCUGCCGCGAUCCUCUUCUGCGCCGCCGACGAGGCCGCUCUCUGCAGUUCCUGCGAUGAAAAGGUUCACAUGUGCAACAAACUUGCCAGUAGGCACGUGCGGGUUGGUCUAGCUGACCCCAGUGAUGUUCCCCGCUGUGACAUUUGUGAAAGUGGCCCUGCCUUCUUUUACUGCGAGAUAGAUGGCAGUUCGCUUUGCCUGCAAUGCGAUAUGAUCGUACAUGUUGGUGGUAAAAGAACACAUAGGAGAUAUUUGGUCUUGAGGCAAAGAGUCGAGUUUCCAGGGGAUAAGUCUGGCCAUUUAGUGGAGGUAGGGAUGCAACCCCUCGAUCCACAUGAUGUAAGGAGGGAACAAAUUCAACGGCCUAAGCUCAAUCAGCAGAACCACAGAACGUCUCCUGUUCCGGCGCUAGAAAAUGACAUUGAUGGUGAUGUAAAGAUGGAUAUUAAAUUAAUUGAUCUUAAUACCAGACCCAGUCGGAUACACGGGCAACCUUCAACUAAUCAGGAACAGGGUAUGGAUGUUCUUAGCGGGACAAAUCGUGAAUCUACAAGUGUAGUUCCCAUUGUGUCCUUUGAAAGAGAGCCUGAAAAAUGACAAAGAUCUCGUCUUAGCCGGUUAACAAAAUUAAGGGCUGCAACCUUUCUUCUAUUUUAUGUGGUCAGGUUAAGUCUGUUGUAUUCCUUGUGCAGAGUUGAUUAAGAUAAUAUGCUUAUCCAACGAAACAAGAAAAAGUUAUUUAGAUGAAUAGAACUACAUUUACUUCUGUACCGAAACAAAGUUAUUUGUUUCUAUUUUUUAUAAAAUUUGAUGACAGU